AUGACGACGACGACGACGAUGCGCGGCAGUAACUCUGAGCUUCGGCAAAAGCGAGCAGCGAACGUCCGAAGCAGUACCAGUGGUGCGAGAAGAACAAAGCGGGGCCGAUCUGUUUUCGUCAAAGCGAUGGCUGGUUCCAUCGAAUCUCCGGACGAAGAGUACGACUGCGUUGUCAUCGGGUCUGGAAUUGGUGGUUUAUCCUGCGCGUCGCUACUCGCUCGGUACGGGAACUCGGUCAAAGUGUUCGAGUCGCACUAUUUAGCCGGAGGAUGUUGCCACAUGUUCGAUCACAAAACGCCGGAAGGUGAUUUGUACAAGUUUGAGGUUGGCCCGUCUAUUUGGGAAGGGUUGGAUCGACCGACCGGGAACCCGUUGAGGAUGGUUUUCGAUGCUUUAGGAGAGGAAAUGCCGGUGAAGACGUACGAUGGAAUUUCGCUUUGGACGGAAGAAGGGCACUGGAGGUUUCAAACUGGAGACGACGAAGCGCCGGGUGGAUUUUGCGAUUUGCUGAGAGAACAAUCGGAUAAUCCAGAGUUGGCCAUUAAGGAGUGGAAGGCGUUGAAAGGACGGUUGGAACCGCUGUACGACGCGUUGGACGCGUGCCCGUUAACCGCGUUGAGACAAGAUGCCGGGUUGCUCGUAUCUACGGUAAUUGCCAUUCCGUUUUAUUUGACGCACCCGAUGGUUAUGUUAGACAUUCCGUAUAUUUUAGAUUCGUUUCAUAAGUUGUCCGAACAAUACGUGACGGAUAAGUUUUUGAAACGGUGGAUUGAUAUGUUGGCGUUUUUCAGCGGAUUUCCAGCGGAAGGGACCAUGGGUGCGACGAUGAUUUAUAGUAUUCCUGGGUUUCAUCGACCGGGGGCGUCGUUGUGCGCACCAGAAGGUGGAACGCAAGCGGUCGUAGAUAAGUUGACGUAUUGUUUAGAAAAAUUUGGCGGAGAGCUGCAAUUGAAAUCGCACGUGGAAGAGAUUAUCGUCCAAGAUGGUGAAGCGAAAGGCGUGCGAUUAAAAAACGGAAAAGUGAUAAAAGCGAGAAAUGCGGUGGUGUCCAACGCGACUAUUUGGGAUACCGUGCCUAUGUUACCGGAUGCGGAGGUUUUGAAAGCGCAACAAUUGGACCGUUCCGUGGAGUGGAAGGAAGAGAUGUCUGAAAUUCCAGCGCUCGGGUCCAUCAUGCAUUUAUUCUUAGGUAUUGACGCGACCGGUUUACCGGAUUUAGAUCCCUCGCACUUGUGCAUUCGAGAUUGGAAUCGUCCGUUGGGUGAUCCGCAAAACGUAGUGACUAUAUUCAUCCCAACCGUGUUAGACCCUGAAGUCGCGCCCGAAGGGAAACACAUCAUUCACGUCUACACCGCUGGUUCAGAACCGUACGAUAUUUGGAAAGAAAGACAAAGAGGCACAAAAGAUUACGAAGAUUUCAAACGCGAGCGGGCGGAAAUUUUAUGGGAAACUAUCGAGCGCAUUAUCCCGGACAUUCGCGAACGCGUGGAAGUUGAAAUUUACGCCUCCCCUCAGACGCACCAACGGUUUUUACGACGCCACAAAGGUACGUAUGGUCCGGCUUUACAAGCUGGUGGUAACUUAUUCGACGUCUUACCGUUACCAAACAUCCCGCAACCGGGCGUGUUAACCCCCAUCCCGAAACUCUUGCGGUGCGGUGACUCUGUCUUCCCGGGCGUCGGCGUCCCCGCCGUCGCCGCGUCCGGCGCCAUUGCCGCCUCCACGCUCGCGCCGUUACCCGACCACCUCAAAAUGAUGUGGGACGUCUCUCAAACGCAAAACAAUUUCUGGCAAAAGCAAGGUGGGAGAGAAAAAUGGCUUCGAGAAACCGAGAAACCGUUUCACCCGAGCGAAGGUGGAGGCGCAGAACACAUGGACCCGAGCGAGUAUUACAAAGCCGCCGCGGAUAAAAUGAAAGUCACGGGGAACAUGAAACCGUCUGGGUUGGAAAGUGCGUCUUCUUCCGCGGUGAGCAAGUGA